CGCCGCUUCUCUUCGCGGAAACGGGAGCCAAACGUCAGUCAAAACAAAAUGGGGAAUCAGCUAGACACCCCGACGAGGUGCCCGCUGUGCAACGCGAUGACCAUGGACCCCGUCACCCUGAAGUGCAACCACCGCUUCUGCCGGCGGUGCAUCGGGGACCUGUGGAGCGUCGCACCGGACGGGCCGUACCACUGUCCGGAGUGGAGGUGUAAGACCGUGUACCGCACUCUGCCGUUCGACCGCAGCCUGAUGUCCUCCCCGAGUCGCUGGGCUGCAGCCACAUCCAGUAAUGAUGAGCAGAACAAUUUGGACUCGGCGUUGAAGAGGCCCUCGCUCUCCAGCAGACUCCUGGGGAAGAGAAAGGCCAGCGCCCCGGCACCAGAGCAACCUGCCACGAAGCGAUCGACGGUGGAAUCUCCCUGUGAGCGCCCCAGUGACACUGAGAUGCCCACCGCUUACAUUUCAGACAAAUCCGAGCAGUCUACUGGUAUGGAGACAUCUGAGAAAGAAGUUCACCCGGAAUCUACACAGUCUGAGAGCGGUGAUGGCCCAUCCUGCAGUGACAAGUCUGACAGCAAGGCAGUACCUGCAAGUGAUGCGCUACAAGACGCCUCAAACCAGCAGAGCCAGCGUGAAGCAGAGGUCGUCACAUUGGUUGACUCUGACACCUCGGAUGAAGUCGAUAUAUGUGAGGCACCUCUUCUUACAACCCCCAGAAGAGACACACAAGGGACAGAAAGUCAUGCAUCACCAACGAAACCGGCCUCACCUGCCAACUUGGUUUCAUUUCCUGGGGUCUCACAGUCUGAAAAAGAUAAGUCUCCUGUACCUCACGUCAAGCCACCUCUGGCAUUCACCAAGCAUCCGGGUGCUUCAGGAUCCUCAAGUAAUGUUGGUAUCUUUUACACGACGGAGAGCAAAUAUUCCAGCCCUGUGCCCUGCCAUUACUGCCCCAAAACGGUUUAUCAGUGUGCUGUGAAGACCUGUCUAGUGUGUGGAGCUUCCAUGUGUUCAGAGCACCUGCGCCCCCACCUGGACUCCCCCGUGUUUCAGAAUCACACCCUGGUUCCUCCGGUGGAGGACAUUUCUCCCUGGAGGUGCCAGGAGCACCAGGAGAUAAACAGGAUCUACUGUCGGCAGUGUGUAGUGUGUGUGUGCACGGUGUGUACGGUCAUAGGCUCACACCGCGGCCAUGUCUGCAUCAGCAUCCGGGAGGCAGAGAGAGAGCUCAGGGGCAACCUGAAAGAAGAGAUCAAACAACGGCAGGACGCCGAACAGCAAGUGGAGAGCAGAGUGACUGAACUUACCCAGAAGAAAGAGACGUUCCGAGUGGUUUUAAGUGAGGCGCGAAAAGGAGUGCAGCAGCAGUAUGAAGCCAUCAGAGAGGCCCUGGAGCAGGAGGAGCAGUCAGCUCUUCAGUGUGUGAUGAAGGAGGAGAGCAGGGUUCUGGGGGGACUAGAGGAGAAACUCAGCCACCUCAGCAGCAGCCUGCUCUCCAUCCAGCAGGGCCUCCACACCCUGGAGGAGCUGGCUGAUGCCAAGGGAGACAAACGCGUUCAGGAGCAGGCCUUCAUUAUGGAGUACAGCAAAGUAACACAACUUGGCAGUAACAUGGGGAGCUGUGUGCAGCAGUCUGAGGCUCCAGAAGAAGUGGAUCAGGCCCGGCUGAAGUGUUUGCAGAGCUGGACUGAGAAGCGUCUGGACACCAUCACCCUCACCGUGCCUGGCAAAGACCGAGACCUCUACAGACUGCUCUAUGGUACCAUCCCCAUCCUGGAUGCAGAUACAGCUCAUUCCAAGUUGCAGCUGUCAAACAGCAACAGGAAGGUGACGUACAGCGAGACGCAGCAGCUCUACACGGAGCACGAGGCUCGCUUCAGCUCCUUCCCACAAGUCCUGGCCUCCUGUGCCCUGGAGGGGGGCCGCUGGUACUGGGAAGUGAGCGUGCCUGUGGACGAGGGUCGAUGGAAGGUGGGGCUGAGCGAGGGGCAGAUAGAGAGGAAGGGCCAAAGGGACAACUCUCGUCUGGGCUUCAACAGCUUCUCCUGGUGCGUCGCUUGUGACCGGAGGAAGGUAGAAGCCGUGCACAACAAGGUUUCUGUUCCUGUGGAGGUAGACAAGCUGCAGAGGGUGGGAGUGUUCCUCGACUUUGAGGAGGGUAUUUUAUCAUUCUUUAAUGUGACACCAGGGGGCAGUCUAGUAUUAAUGCAUUCCUAUCAGCACAAGUUUUCUGAUGCUCUUUACCCAGCGUUCUCUGUGUCAAAAACCCAGCUGAUGAUCUGUGAUCUGUUCCAGACAUAAACACAUGUUUGUGACCCUAACACUGGCACGUCAGUAGAUUUACAGAUUACUAAAAAAGCACAGUGCCUUUUUCAUAUGUGAAAUCAUCUCUUCAAUAAAAUGUCCCAAUUUGCAAUACUCUUGGGAUAAUGUCAAACACUGUAAAUAAUGCUAUACUUUUGCAAAAAUUUGAUUUUUAUAACAUUUGAUAGUACUGGAUCUGUUCACUAUGCACAUUCCAAAACUGGAACUUUUAUUACAUUUUUAGAUUUUGUAUUUUACGUGGGAGGCAAGUUGACUGCUGAAAAAAAUAUAAUGGAUAAUAUUUCCUAAUAUGUCUUAAAAUUCAAUGUUCUUCCUGUUGAAAUGUUUGAUACCUCUGAUGAGCCACUCUACACAAAUAAAAUGUCACAAUCAAA